AUGUAUCACGCGAGCGGUAUUCUGCUACCCUUGCUCUUACUCUUGACAACGGCUGUCGACGGUCAUUGGAUAGUUCCCAGAACUUCUGACCGAUGCCGAUCAAUUCCAGGGGAUGCUUCAUGGCCCAGUCCCGCCGAUUGGGUUGCCCUGAACAAGACUGUUGGCGGAAGACUCAUUGCUACCAUUCCAAUUGGAGCCCCUUGCCACACGUCCUUUUCACCAUUCACUGGAACGAAGAUCUCUACUUAUGACAAAGAAGAAUGCAAUGCCCUACGAAACGAGUGGUUUCUUCCCGAAACUCAUCUAUCCUCAUCAUCGUCUCCUAUGGCGUACUCUUUUUCAAACAACAGCUGUAAUCCUUGGCUAGAACCGGAUGUUCCCUGUACUAUCGGUGAUCACGUUGUAUAUGCAAUCAAUGCGACCGGUCCUCGUGACAUCCAGCAAGGACUUGGCUUUACAAGAGAUCAUAAUAUACGACUUGUGAUUCGCAAUACCGGCCAUGACUAUCUCGGCAGAUCUAAUGGUGCCCAUGCACUGGCGAUAUGGACCCAUAACAUGAAGUCCAUCGACCUUGUCGAAUAUAAUAGUGCAAAUGAUACAGGAUCCGCCGUCAAAGUGGGAGCCGGAGUCCAUGUCAUCGAUGCCUAUACUUUUGCAAAUCUUCACGGCCUUGUAGUAGUUGGCGGAAACUGUCCAACAGUCGGCCUUGCCGGUGGAUAUUCUCAAGGGGGAGGUCAUGGUCCUCUAGCCUCUACCCACGGUCUAGGUGCAGAUCAAGUGCUGGAAUGGGAGGUUGUUACUACCAAUAGUAAGCUACUCACUGCAAAUAGCACUCAUCAUGCCGAUCUAUUCUGGGCGUUACGUGGAGGCGGUGGCGGCAAUUAUGGUAUCGUAGUGUCUAUGACAGUGAAAGUCUUUCUAGAUACCUAUGCUUCAAGCGCAUAUUUCACUGUUCUUGACAACGGAACCAACACCGACACUAUAUAUGAAGCUAUUGGAGGAUUCUUGACAGUCUUGCCGAGCAUCGUUGAUGCGGGUGUGUAUGCACUGUGGGUAGUUGAGCCGGCUGAAUUUUUCCUGAUGCCUGCUUUCGUACCCGGCUUACACCAGGAAGAGCUAGAUACCAUAAUGCAACCGGCACUAGACAUACCGAGUACUCUGAACUUAGACUAUCAAUACACAUCUUCGGAGAGCUCUACGUUCUUGUCGGCGUACGAGGCCUUAACAUCAAACUGGAAUGUGUCAGAUUGGAAUACGGGAGGUCGACUCAUUCCUCGAGACAUUGCCAGCAAUAACACUCAGGAAUUGGUGGCAGCCAUUCGAAAUAUUGGUUCGCGAACACUUUUCUCGGGUGUCAGCUUCAAUGUGAAGAAUGCCGUUUCAUCGCCAGAUGAAGUAGCCGUCAACCCUUACUUCCGCGAAACACUCUUCAAUGUGUUUUUGGGCGUUGCCGUCAACUACACAGAUUGGCCAGCAAAUCUAGCAGGAGAGAAUGAGAUAACCGAUGAUUUGCUUACACCCUUGGAAGCAUUGACACCAAAUGGAGGCGCGUAUAUGAACGAAGCAGACUUCCAGCAGCCGGAUUUCCAAUCCGUGUUCUACGGAGUCCACUACGAGAGGCUCCUGGGGAUCAAGCGUGCGUAUGAUCCAGAUGAUAUCCUUUACGUGAAGACAGGGGUAGGCAGUGAUCGCUGGGAAGAGCAAAGUGACGGAAGACUCUGUCUGACAAGUAUUUGA